AUGGACGUCCGCGGUGUAAACUUUGGGUCGGGCCUGAGUGGCUUUGUACGUACCACCCAGAACAUCAACCUGCACCCCUCCCCCUCCAACUGCCACACUCUGUGCACGAUGCCAUGCCACUCCAACGGACCCGAUCACGCCAACGCCAAUCGCGAUCGCAUCCCGCCUCGUUGCACUCCCGUAUGA